AGAACGAAGUCUAUAAAAGCCACCGCUCGCGCUCUUUCCGAAAAAUUGAAAAAAAAUCUGCUGCGUGGUGAAGUGCUGCUGCCAAUUAAGUAACUUUUCUACAUUUCCGCCGUUUUAAGUCGCAACUCAAGACUCCCAGCCAAGAUGGUGUACCAGGUGAAAGACAAGAACGACCUCGAUGGACAACUGCAGAAGGCCUCCGGCAAGCUGGUGGUGCUGGACUUCUUCGCCACCUGGUGCGGACCCUGCAAGAUGAUCUCGCCCAAGCUGGCUGAGCUGUCCACGCAGUACGCCGACAGCGUUGUCGUCCUGAAGGUCGAUGUCGACGAGUGCGAGGACAUUGCCAUGGAAUACAACAUCUCCAGCAUGCCCACCUUUGUGUUCAUCAAGAACGGCGUCAAGGUCGAGGAGUUCGCCGGAGCCAACGCCUCGCGACUGGAGGAUGUCAUCAAGGCCAACAUCGCCAAGUAGGGCACCGCACAGACGUCUGGCCGUCCCCUUGAUCCACCUAUGAGUUCUCUUCAUAACAUUUAGUUAAUUAUUCCAUAAGUGCAGGGUCUGCUCCGUUCCUGGUGCUCCGCUCGCUCCCAGUCACACGGAGCUGCAGUGCAGCCUGCAAGGUGAGGGAUCGCAGUGGCGGCUCUUGGAACCGCAACAAAAGUGAGAAACUAAGUGGCUUUUAAUCGUAAAUUUUGCUUAAUUAACAAAACACAAUAAAUCACACAAAGAUUGUUCACUUUUGUAUUGAAAACAUUAAACAAACGCUAUUGCAGCCAGUUGUCCAAGAAUGCGAAAAAAAUAAAUGUAAUACACA